UUUCAGCUGCUUUCUUUUUUUUUUCCGUCUCCUAGCUGAGUAAAGAACCCCUCUUUCUUUUUUCUCUCUCUCUCUCUGCUCAAAUCGAAAUUAGGGUUCGAAGUUUGACGGCGAGAAGAUGAGUGCUUCAAGGUUCAUAAAGUGCGUCACCGUCGGUGACGGCGCCGUCGGCAAGACUUGUCUACUCAUCUCCUACACAAGCAACACUUUCCCCACUGAUUAUGUGCCUACUGUGUUUGAUAAUUUCAGCGCUAAUGUGAUUGUUGAUGGGAACACCAUCAACUUAGGAUUGUGGGACACUGCAGGCAAGUUUGAUCAAAAUUUCUUUCUUUCUUUUGUUGUUGUGUCUUAUUUAUCUUUCUUUAACUUUUGUGUGUUUAUGUUCUGCCUUGAUGAAAACAACACAGGACAAGAGGACUAUAAUAGACUAAGACCAUUGAGCUAUCGUGGUGCUGAUGUCUUCUUGCUCGCAUUCUCUCUCGUCAGCAAAGCUAGCUAUGAAAAUGUUGCUAAAAAGUGGGUUCCUGAACUCAGACAUUACGCUCCUGGUGUUCCCAUCAUCCUUGUUGGAACAAAGCUUGAUCUUCGAGAUGAUAAGCAGUACUUUGUUGAGCACCCUGGAGCUGUGCCUAUAUCUACUGUUCAGGGUGAAGAACUGAAGAAGCUUGUUGGAGCUUCUGCUUAUAUAGAAUCCAGUGCAAAGACACAACAGAAUGUAAAAGCUGUCUUUGAUGCGGCUAUUAAAGUAGUUCUCCAGCCACCUAAAAACAAGAAGAAAAAGAAGAGAAAGUCUCAGAAAGGCUGUUCUAUAUUGUGAUUCCAGAGAAGAAGAAACACACAGUUAUAAAUUUAUAACUAAUCCUUGUUUCCGAGUGCUACGGACCCAUUUUUUCUUAUUUCCAUGAAACAGGAAUCUGUUGUUUUGUAGUCUGAAUACUGACAUCAGAAGAAACUCAUUGGUCUUUGUUUGAGGUUGUAUUCUUGUUUGCAUUCCGAAUAUGUAAAUAUAUGAUGAUACCACGUUUGCUUUCGA